AGAAUGAGUGAUCCGUGUGAAUGUUUCUUCGAUCAUGAAUCUGCUAUGCAAAGACUUUUGGCUAUGCUCCGAAACUCGCAAGCGGACUGCACAGAUACGGGUUGCGACAAUGAUGGUUUGAGUCGUGAAGGUGGCAAUACAAUGAUGAUGUGGACACUUUUAUGGACAUUUAUGGCAAUGGCACUUUACGUGAUGAGACCCAAUUCAAUGAGAUCUGAUAGAAGAACCGCCGAUGAUGCAGCAAUUGAAAAACCAACUGGAAGUUCUGAUGACAACACGCCACCACCUCCACCGCCAUCUGCAAUGUAAAUCUGAAAUCCUCUACCGUCCGUCUUCUGUAACACUCUCCUCUGCCACCAACCAUUCCUGUGUAUAAAUUGAAAAAAUCCAGUUUUAUUUUUGCAACUGGAAUCCUCUGGGUCCUCCUCUUCUAUUCAUUCAUAUGCUUUUAAUUUUCUCUCCCCUGUGCUUUGGGUAUCACAAUUUUCGUCUCUCUUUUUUUUUGUCAAAUUUUCUGUGAAAAUCGCCUACUACUAGUCCCUACCAAUUUCUUGUACAUUUCCGUCUCUCUGGGAAUAUGAAUGAAGAUUCGAGAUUAUU